AUGUCACCAAAGGCUGCACCUCUUAAACCUGAGAUAUCAGCAGAACAAGAGUGGGUUAAGAGGAGCCAAAGGCGUAGGCCCCAAUUACCAACCGAUGAGAAGGCUAACCAGCUCAUAGACGCAAAGUUAGGACUAGCUAGAGCAGCCAAAGAAGAGCUGGAGCUGGAGCGAGUAAGCAAAGGUGAGCUGUUUGAGGUGGAGAAACGGAAGAAACUGCUUGAGGAGGAGAUGCUCAAACUUCAAGUUUUAAAAUUGAGAAAGGAUUUGGGUUUAGAGUAGAAUGGAUGAAAGGGAGGCACCCAAGCACUACACUUCACUUUUUUAUUUGAAUUCUCAGUAUCUGUGGGGCAAGUGCAUCCCCUUUUUGUUCUUAUGAAGUUUGUUUGGAUCUAUAUUUGUUUGAUUCAGAGAAAAUGAAAGGGUCUUUGCGCUUGCACUUUACUGGUGAGACAUUACUCUUUUCUGUUUAAUUAUUUGCAUUACCUUCAUAGGAUAAGGUUUACUGUGCAGGUGAAAAGUUUCUCAUUCAUGAUUUACUCUACUUCUAUUUUUUUUUAAUUUUAAAGACUGAAACAAAAAGUAUUUUUGAGUAUGAGUACACUUAACAAUAGUGCCAUGCUUAAGUAUAGAAAUCAGUAGUUAAGGCUUUGACCUCAUUGCAUUUUGAGUUUUGUUUUGGGUUAAGCUUCAAGGUAAUACCAAUUAUCUUUUCUUGUUUUAAGUUGCGGUUGCCAAAGCUAAACUUCCUUUUGUUUUGCCUACGCCUAAGAU